AUGAUUAAGAGCAAGUCUUCGGAGAUUCUAAAUAAGUUUCUUACAACGCGAGCAACUUUUGAACUAUUUCAUGGAAGUCGGCAAUUCGCAAACGAUCACAGAGUGCUAGUUCUUGACUCAUCCUUCAAUCCACCUCACAAUGGCCACUACAUGCUGGUGAAAAAGGCCGUGGAGCAUUUCAAAAACACCAAUUUGCAUGUCAUCUUAUUGCUGUCUAUUAAGAACGCCGAUAAAGAAGUUAAACCUGCCUCUUUUGACAAAAGAAUGGAUAUGAUGUGCAUAUUGUGCGAUCUGCUCGAAAAAAACUCUAUUAAGACUUCAGUUGGUGUGACCAGAUACGGGAAGUUUGUUCAAAAAUCUGAAGCCAUGCAUAGAAAUAUGGGCAACAACUUCAAAUUAUGCUACUUAGUUGGUUUCGACACUAUUACUCGAAUAUUUGACUCCAAAUUUUAUGAACCUUUACUGACGGCGGACGCUCUCAAAUCCUUUAUGGUAACCACAGAGUUUUUUUGCCUCACCAGAAGUGGAGACGCCGACUCCGUCAAACAGUUAAACUACCCAAAUGACAUUGCUGAGGGCAAGUUCGAACCUGAAAUUCCGCGCUCGUGGCAUCGAAAAAUUGUGGUCGAGGAAAAUGAUCCCAGUACUCAAAACAUAUCUUCUACAAUGCUGAGAAAAGCCAUUUUUAACCGAGAAAAUGACACAACGGCUUUGAUUCCUAAGGAAAUCUAUCAAUACGUCACCAACAACCACCCCGGCGUCAACAUCUUUGAACCCUAA